AUGGCCACUACUACUUCUAAGGAUCAUACUAGUGAAACCACUCCCUCCCUCCUACCGGCCUAUGUCGAGGAAAUAACCAACAUCGAUACUUUUGUCACGACGAUACAAAAACUGUCUGACUGCAUUACUAAAGCGGUCUCUGACGGCAAGUCAGUCACCGCCGCAAAGAAGAGACUCAUCAACCUAGCUGCCGAGGAGAUCAGAAGGUGUGGGCAUAAACUGACAAGCAUGUCUACAGUGCUUGCCCCCGCCCCCCAGAGUAACAUGAACAGCGACUUGAAGGCUGACAUCGUCGCCUGUGUCAGGAGCGAGAUGGCCAAACUAAAGGGCCAAAUAAACACGCAGCUUCAACAGCAGGCACGGCCUGCCUCAUACGCCCAGGCCGCUGCGACCAGCAGUGGGCCGGGCUCUCUUCCCAGCGUGACCACUAUGCCACCAGCCCGCGGUACAUCUAACAACAAGCCGGCCAUCGUGGAGACCCCAAAGGUAACCCCCAAAUCACGACAGGAAGCAAUCGAGGCGUUUAAGAAGAGCAUAUCGUACCGCACAGCGAAUUAUGCACCAGCUAGGGUUCAGGCAGUGUCAAAUCACAAACUUAGAGUGGAAUUUGACACAACCGAACAACGUAACGACACCCUACAAAAGCUAAAAUCGUCUGAGCACGUAAGCGUUGAGCCGGCUAAGGGACUGCGGCCAAUGAUUAUACUAAAGGGUAUAUCCAAAGAUAUACCAGCUGAAGAGAUAGCUGGUAUUGUCAGGGGGCAGAACCCAGAGUUGAAAGAGGCUUUUAUUGAGGACGAUGACAUGCGCCUCCGAUUUAGGCGUAGCAACAAAAACCCGGGGCUAUACAACGCAGUGUUUCUUGUGGCACCCAAACUCUUUCGUAAAUUCAUUGAAAAGGGCAAAAUCAGUGUUGACUACCAGCGAUUACACAUCAGCGAAUUCUCACCCUUUCUGCAGUGCCACAGGUGUCUGCAGUUUGGGCACAUUAAAAAGUACUGCACAGCCGCAACUAGUCAAUGCUCGCACUGUUCCAGUAAGGAGCACACAGGCGAAAAAUGUCCUGAUAAGGGCAAACAAGGUGGCUAUCAAAUUGCAUUGCUGUCGGAGCCAUAUGUUGGCUCAGGAAAUGAGGUGCGACCAACUCAGGGACUCAACAUACAUCAAUUUGGUGGAAAAGGUAGAGUUAAGGCGUGUAUACUCACUAAACCAGGCUGCGGUCAGGUGAUUGGUAUGUCACAAUACUCUAACUCAAAUCUUUGCGUUAUUCAAUUCACAAGUGGCGGUCAUAAAAUACUCAUAGCCUCCGCAUAUAUCGAACCGAAUUCAGACGAAAAUAACACAUUAGAGCAUAUAGAUAAUUUUCUCAAGAUCUCCCGAUGCCCAAAUGCCAUCAUUGGCGGUGACUUUAAUGGAUGGCACCAUCUAUGGGGCAGUAAGACCAAUAACCCUAGAGGAUGUGCGGUAGUGGAGCUGGCACAUGCAAAUGAUCUCUUCGUUUGCAAUGUCGGCACCUCACCCACCUUUGAAACCGUCACACACGGCAGGGAUCGGACUUCUAUAAUAGACCUCACAUUGGCCCAUGGACACAUAUUUGACCGUGUAGUCGGGUGGAAGGUCAACCUCAACGCCUGCCCUUCAUCGCAGCAUAAUGCGGUGGAAUACGAGAUUGCGACUGAGAAUUCUUCCUUAAACUCCUCAUCGAUAACCAACUCCACGUUUAAGUACAACAGCAACAAGGCCAAUUGGGGAAUAUUCAAGGAUGCACUCCACACGCUUAUGACCAAUACAGAUAUAUUGGAGAGAGACAUCGGAUCGCUGAACACAGCUGGCUUGGAGAAAUUGAUUGAUGACAUCUGCGGGAUCAUUCAUAAAGCGUGUGAAGAAUCUAUGCCGACAAAGAAAGGCCGAUCCCUGACGAAGCAUCGCCCGUUAUGGUGGACGGAAAAACUGACAGACCUCAAAAAAGAAGUCAUCCAGUUACACCACAGACUAAACCGAAUGAGACGUCGGAAUCUGCCUCUAGACCAACUAGCAGAGGAAUUAAAUAAUAAAAAGGCAAUAUAUGCGGAGGAACUGAGGGCGGAGUCUUCCAGGAGUUUUAGAGAGUUCUGCGAACUACAAACAAAAGAAAACGUUUGGACUCUCACGAAUAGACUUCUGAAGGACACUGCACCCAAGCGGCCACCAGCCACCAUAAAAAUUGGUGACAAUUACACCAGCAGCGAAACGGAGACGGCCCAAGCACUCCUGGAUCACUUUUACGGUGAUGAUACACCAGAUAAUGACACGCACCAACACCAGUUUCUUAGAUCCAGAAUCGGGAAUGAGCCAGAUGGAGUAGAUGAACCCCCAUUCACUGUCGAGGAGGUUUUGGAACAUCUCAAAUGGAUGAAUCCUAAGAAGGCACCCGGCAUUGAUGGUCUGACAUCUGACAUCUGCCUACAAUUUACUAUUAAUUACCCAGAACUUAUAACGGGAAUCAUGAACAGGUGUCUAGAGCUCCAUCACUUUCCUCAGCAAUGGAAGAGAGCCGAAGUUAAAAUCAUACCAAAGCCAAGCAAGACUGAUUAUAGCGAAUUAAGCUCCUUCCGCCCUAUAGGACUCUUGCCAGUCUUUGGAAAAUUGCUCGAAAAAUUAUACAUUAAGCGUCUCAUAUAUUGCGCAACCAAAGCGGGACUACUCAACGGGCGACAGUUUGGCUUCAAGGAACAAACCAGCACGAUUACAGCUAUAGAUACGGCACUCAGUAUCGUAAAAGCGGCUAAGAAGAAUGGCAAACAGAUGGAAGCAAGCUCGAGAAUGGCGGUGUGGGAGCGGCUUUCGUCUGUUUCGAAGGUUCAAAAGUUAUAUAUAAAAAAGAGGCUGAAACUACAUACUAGCUGCUCUGUGUUCCAAGCGGAACUCUUGGCGAUUAAAGAGGCUUGCGAGUGGACUUUGGACCGGAGAUUGAAGCAAGGAGACGAAAGACACCAAAGGGGCACAAGGAUGCACAUGGGCUGCAAGGAGGUUAUACAGAUCUUGAGUGACUCUCAGGCGGCACUGAGAGCACUCCAAAAGAGAUCUAACACCCACCCCAUUGUGGCAAAGACUCAUGACACAAUAUAUACAGCUGCUCAAGUGGAUCUUAAUUUCAUAUUCUCAUGGGUUAAGGGCCAUGCGGGCGACGCAGGUAACGAAAUUGCUGAUGAGACAGCCAAAGGCGCUGCCACACAACACAAAACUCCUGACUACGCGAAGUUCCCUAUGAGCUUUGUAAAAAGGACUAUGAGGGAAAAAACUUGGAGAACUUGGCAGACAAGAUAUGAAAGCGAACAAGGACAAGAACAAAGAGCGCAGAAAAAGAACAAAGAGAACGAAGAACGAAGAACAAGGAGCGCGCACAAAAGAAUUACUCCCAAAAUUGACGGACAUUUGUGCACUAUGGAAAGCAACCAAAGUAUCAUUUCAAUUAACGCAGGCUUUAACAGGUCAUGGCUACCACAAGGAAUAUCUGCAUAG